CACAGUAGCUGCGGCGGCAAGAUCGUGGUUCACUGCGACAUCUCGAUGCGCAACCACCUGCCCGUGCACUACUUUGCGGCGUACGGGCGGUUCGAGGUCGUGGGCGAGCAGACGUUUGAGCUUGGGCACAUUGUGUCGAUGCAGGCGCUGGAGGACGGCGUGCCCAAGACGCACAACUCGCUCGGCGACUGGUUCCUCGGGUCGCGGACUCCGUCGCGCGUCUGCUACCCGAACUUUGUCGAGUUUACGUUCAACGACGCGGCCAAGCACUACUGGCCGUACAACUGGCACGGGUCGGCGGCCAAGGAAAAGCGCAAGCUGCGCCACCUCUUCGUCGUGUACCUCUUCGAGAAGCGGCUGCGCGAAGAGAGCGUCGAGAUGCCGAUCGACCUCAAGGUCAUUGCGCUCGUGCAGUCGCCGAGUUUCCACUUGAUCAGCUACCGCUGCAACAACUACCAGAGCGUCGGCGCCGGCUCCAAGAACAACCCAAAGCUGCCGCCCAUGCCGCUCGACGACGACGACGCGCGGGCCAAGCGCUUCCGCUUCAACGAGCAGCAAGGACCCACGUGCUAGGUCGCUCGUAUCGAGCGUAGUUGCGUGUCGAGACUCGUAAUGGCUCCUUUUUUGUGACCUCGAUGAUGAACGAUAAGCGGUACUCGUUGCAUCCUACCCUGCGGGAUCGCUGCCGCCAACGCUGCCACCAUGACAUAGUACUGUACUUGUUGCAGCUGCGAGAUGGCUGAUGUGGUCGGUGCCAGAAAGGACGGACGAGAUUCCAUCG